UCCUAAACCCACUGGUUCUCUCUCUCUCUCUCUCUCUCUCUGAGGUAAAGUCUGAACCAUGUUGCUCCGUCGUGCAACCGCCGCGUUACCAAAAACCCUACAAAACCUCCGGCUAUACUCUCCGGCAGCCACCUCCGCAUUACCCCUAGAAACCCAACUAGACUACCUCCCUGGAUUCCCGCGACCCGAUCCGAAGCACGCGGAGACGAUCUUGGCCGUUCCACGGGCAGAUUCCGGCAAGAACAUCUCGGCGAAAGAGCGCAAAGCGGGUCGAGUCCCUUCGAUCAUAUUCGAACAGGAGGAUGGACAGCACGGAGGAAACAAGAGGCUUGUCUCAGUUCAGACGAAUCAGAUCAGGAAGCUCGUGACUCAUAUGGGUUACUCUUUCUUCCUCUCUAGGAUUUUCGAUGUCGAGGUUCGGUCUGAGAUAGGUUCUGAUGAAGUCGUUGAGAAAGUCAGGGCCUUGCCCAGAUCGAUUCAUUUGCACUCUGGAAGUGAUGCACCGCUGAAUGUGACAUUCAUAAGAGCUCCUCCUGGUACUUUGUUGAAGGUUGAUAUCCCUCUUGUCUUCAUUGGAGAUGAUGUUUCUCCUGGAUUGAAGAAAGGAGCAUCUCUGAAUACGAUCAAAAGAACGGUAAAGUUCCUAUGUCCAGCAGAGAUAAUCCCUCCAUAUAUAGAAGUAGAUCUCAGCCACUUGGACGUUGGACAAAAGCUAGUAACCGGAGACCUCAAGGUUCAUCCAGCGCUAAAGCUAAUAAAGUCCAAAGACGAACCAGUCGUUAAAAUCGCCGGAGGACGUGUCAGUGACCAGCAAAAGGACCAGGCAAAGAAGGACCAACCAAAGAAAGACCAAACAAAGAAAUAAACCGGUGAGUGAUUCAUAUUAACCGGUGCAAACCAAAACUUGUCUUUUUGAUUUUACAAUGCAUCUUUCCUUUUUUUACAUGUGAACUGAGUUUAUUUACAGACAUUUAUAAAUAAAAAUUUGAUCUUUCAGUUU